GGCCCCGCCCCCGCAACAAAGCCCUAAAAAUCACAAUCCCCUUCAUCCCUUCCGCUAACCCUCGCCGAAGCCCAGAGAGCUAAAUCCCCCACAUCUGACAGGCACCAUCACUCCCUAUCUGCAUCCGAAGAUGCAGAUCUUUGUGAAAACCCUUACAGGCAAGACGAUAACCUUAGAGGUUGAGUCGUCAGAUACAAUUGAUAACGUGAAGGCCAAGAUCCAAGACAAGGAAGGCAUUCCUCCUGACCAACAGCGCCUCAUCUUCGCUGGCAAGCAACUCGAGGAUGGACGAACCCUUGCUGACUACAACAUCCAGAAGGAGUCCACCCUACAUCUUGUUCUUCGCCUCCGCGGUGGUGCCAAGAAACGUAAGAAGAAGACCUACACAAAGCCCAAGAAGAUCAAGCACAAGAAGAAGAAGGUGAAGCUCGCUGUCCUACAGUUUUACAAGGUCGAUGACUCUGGGAAGGUUCAGAGGCUCAGGAAGGAGUGCCCGAAUGCUGAAUGCGGAGCUGGCACCUUUAUGGCCAAUCACUUUGAUAGGCACUAUUGUGGUAAGUGUGGCCUUACCUAUGUUUAUCAGAAAGCCGGCGGUGACUGAACGAACUUAUUAAGCGAAUCUUGUUCCUCAAUUACAUUUUCUUUGUCAUUAGACCGAUUUUCAGACGUUAUUUUAUAUUAUGUUUUAUAAUAUGUGGUAUAUUCGAGAGGAUUUUCAUCUAUAAGUUCUGAAACUUGUAGUUUUUUGUGGUUUUCAAUUUUAUAUCCCCUUUAACA